GGCUGCUUUAAAAAGUAUUGUAGUCUAUGUGCCUAGCAAUCUGCUGUAUGGAGGGAAAGAAAUUCUGGAAAUGCCAGGAACAAAUGAAAAUGAUCCACUGGCGAUGAGUUUUAUACAGGAUGAACUUGACACAGCUGAUGCCGUCAUUGUUCUGUCAGAGUUUUCCUUUAAAAUAGCUUGCACAGAGGUCAAAGAUGUUUUAAGAAACAGCUGCUUCAUUAAAAAAAUGGAUGAAGAAUCCUCAAGAAUUCAAGCUGAUGUUUGUCUCUUAUCCAGAAAAGAAUCAACCAUUCCAAUUGGGAAGAAAUGAUAUAGAGCACCUUAAAAAUAUUAAAGAAGGAGAGAAUAAAAAAAAGACCGAAGAUCUUCAAGAACUAGCAAGGCAACUGUCUUUGGAUCUGUCAGAAGAGAUGAAGAAAAAUGUAUUUUCUACAACUGUUUUGCCUGUGCUGCACUGUUCAAUCCAUGCCAAAGAGGGAAACCCUCAUGACAUAAUUGAAAAAAAUAAAGAUUUUUUGGAGAAUACUGGAGUUAAUGCCUUAUUUAGGGAACUUGAUCAACUAACCUUAAAAAGAAAAUCAGCUAUCAUUGAAGAGAUUAAAAAUAAAUUGGCAGAAUUUGAAAACAGCCAAAUAGAUGAAGAAAGUGGUAACAGCCAAAUAAACGAAGAAAGUCAAGAACGAAGUGCUAUUGGUUCUGCUUCCAAAAGUAUUAACUUUCAAAUUGAAUCGGAUUUCUUAAAGAAAAAUGAAGACCUUUUCAAACAACUCAAAAAUCAACAUGAAUGUUUGAUAGAGAAGACAUUAAAUGAGCAGUUGAAGACCACAAUGGAAAAAGUUGCUGAAUCUGCUAAAACAAAUUUGCUUAACAUUACAAGUACAGUUACUGAAAAACAAUUUUUCAACCCACAGUACAGUGGCAGACAUUCAUUUUUCAAGAUUGACCUGUACAGCCGUCUGUUUGGCCAUUUAGACGAAGAAAUAUCCAUGAUUUUGCAUGAUCUUGUAGUAGAGUUGCGUGACGUUCUGGACAAGUACGAGCAAAAUGCAAUCAAAUUAUUUACAGAAGAGCUAAAAGACCAAAAGAAGCUAAAGACAGCAACGGUCGGAAAUUCCUUGCAGUUUGCACUGAGAUGGUACUUGGGGAAGACAAGGUCAUCCUUCUGUGAGGAUUCUUUGCAGAAGAAAUUUAAAGUCCUGUUGAUAGAGAGUAUGAAGAAACACAUACUGCAGCCAGCAUAUACCAGGACUACUGGAAAUACCAGACCUACAGAAGGAGAGGUUGCUGCACAAAUUGAGCAAGUUCUUCUUGACGUACAGUCAUCUUUCAAGAUAUAUAUUUUUUCUUUUUAUAAUAAUGGGUGGCCUGAUAAUCUAGCCAUGUUCAUGGUACGUUCAUCCCUCCCCAUAGCUUCCACUUCUGAUCCACGCUGCACUUUUUGUGGAGAUUUAGGAUGUAGAACAUGUCUUUACAUCAAAAGCAGCAAUACAUUUACCAGCAGGGCAAAAAAAGUCUAUCAUAUAAAGGAACAUUUCCACUGCAAAACAAGCAAUGCCAUCUAUCUUAUCACAUGCAAAAGAUGCCGUCUGCAGUAUGUUGGGCAAACCAGUAAUUCUGUAAGUCAAAGGUUUGUUAGCCACCUAUCUAUAAUAAACUGUAAAAAGGAUCAGAGUCUUUCAAGGCAUUUCAAUCUCCCUGACCAUUCUCUACAAGAUCUAAGUCUUAUGGUAAUUGAUAAAGUGAAGGAUUCCAGUGACCUGCUUAAACAGGAAAAGCAUUGGAUUCGGGAGCUUAAAACGCUGGAACCAAAUGGGUUGAAUAUUAAGAACUAAUGCAUAUAUAAUUGGUCUCAUAAGUUUCUCUUUAUCAUCUACAGUAGUAAUGUACAGGGAGAUCCACUCGAAAGAGGCCCUGAAUAUUCUACAGUAUAUGCUCGUGUACAUUACCUUGAAAAAGUAUUCAUACCCCUUUUCCACAUUUUUUCACAUUACACCCACAAACUUAAAUGUUUUUUAUUGGGAUUGUAAGUGAUAGACCAACACAAAGUAGGAAGUAUGUGUGAAUUGAAAAGAAAAUGCUACAUGUUUUUCAAAAUUAUUAAUAAAGUAGCAGAAGGACCCGGCUUCACACGGGUAUAUUUCAUCUACGGAUGUAGCAGGGUUAACACACAUGCUUUAUAAGACAUGUUAUCUAAACUAAAGGCAACUAAAUGCGUAAAGCAAUUGCU